ACUGGAUCCUGGACUUCCUGACGGGCUGCCUCCAGGUGGUAAGGAUCUAUGAGGCCUUCAGCCAGGAGAGCUCUCCCAUGGAACAGGAAGUGAUGCGCAUAUACUCCUCCUCCCCCCCUCCGCUGGACGACGAAUCAGGGGGAGAGGAGGUCGAUGACGUGUUUGGGGAUUUCUCUGGGGGUGUGGCAAUGUCAUCCAACCAGCCGUGCCCCUCCACAACAGACCCCGCCUCCCCGACCCCAUCAACGGUGCGCUUUAGUGUUAGUAACUCCUCCUCUUUCGCCGGAACUACCCAUAGCAACGGAAUCUCAAAACAGUUCCGAGCAGCUGACGACCUGAAGAAGCCACGGGCGCCUGUGGUGGACCAAUCACAGCCCGCUAAUACUGGGACCUCAGAGAUUGGCAGGGUUCGGCCGGGGUCGGAGGUCAAAGGGCAGCCCUGUCAUUGCAACCUCCCUGACCUCCCUCUCACCAAUGGGUUUACCAAUCGACAUCACCAGGGAACUAUGUCUGCAGGUCUUAUACCGGCUGGGCAUAGCUCCCCCAGCCAGGAGCAGGGGUUUGCAGAUUUCUCUGCAUUCGCCGAGCCAGAGAUGGAGCUGGAGCCCUGGUGCUGCGGCUUCACUCACAGUACAGAGCACAGGAAGGACGGCAGGACAGAAAGGACAAACCUAACCAAUGGUUUCUGCAAUGCACACUCAGUCCAGAAGGACAUAGAGCAGAUGGCCAGAAUAGAGCCUGGCGGGCCUGACUCUCAAUGUUUAGCAGAGCAAGGGGAGAGGGACUGCACUGGAGUCCAGCAACACUGUAAGCUGAGGGGCCACCCUCAGGACUCUGGCCUCUUAGCCACCACAGAGGUGCUCUGUGUUAGGGGUGAGGGCCUGGAGGAGCCUGGAGAGAGGGCACUCAGCAUCAACAGGGAUAGCACGCUUACACAGGACCCAGAACUGGGAGGGAGGAGGGUGGAGGAGGAGGAAGAUAAGGAGAGCGAAACAGAGAACAGUGUCUCUCCUCUCCCCACCACAGUCAGUGGGUCAGUGAGUGAGGAGUUUGCCUCCUUUGGUGAGGCUGUGUCAGACGCUUUGGAGGAGUUUGGGGACUUUGGCGAGACGGUCUUCACUCCCUUGUCAAUAGGGGAGGAGGAGAAAGAGGAGGUGCAGCGGAGUGACCUCAGGGAGGAGACUGAGACAAAGAUGGUGGAGGAGGAGGAAGAUGAAGAAGAGGACUUUGGAAACUUCAGAGAUGCUGGAUCCUUCCCUAGCCAGGAGGACUUUGCUGACUUCAACCAAUCGGAGUCCAGAACACAGGAGGGCUUCGGCGACUUUGACCAGGACUAUUCUGAGGACCCAGGUCCGACCCAGGCAUGUGGGGAGGAGGUUGGACAUGGAGACCUUCCCCUCAGCGACAGCUUUGCAGACUUCCACUCUGCUCCCCUGGAGGGCUGGGGGGCGUUUGGGGACCAGAGAGGUCUGUCAGAGGGGGAGACCUGGGCAGAGUUUGGAGAGGAGGAUAGACCCAGCUGGACAGAAGAGGUGAAGAAAGGGGGAGAGAGAUGUCAGGGAGGUGCUGCUGUACGAAGGGACAGUCUGCAGGCCUCCAUGUCUAUCCGGCUACAGAGAGUCCUGCAGACCAGCUUCCCUGCAGUGGCAGUCCCAGAACUGGAUCAGGAGGGGGAGGAGACUGGGCGGGAGGGGGAGGAGACUGGGCGGGAGGGGGAGGAGACUGGGCGGGAGGGGGAGGGGACUGGGGUGGAGGAGGAGGAGACGGGGGUGGAGGAGGAGGAGACGGGGGUGGAGACUGGGCCUGAGGAAGAGGAGACGAAGGCGCUCAACCGCACUACACACUGGGUUCCUAGGGGCGUGUGGCGGCAGCCUCAGGACCUCCACGAUGCCGUGGGCCUGGGGUUCCAGUGGGGCGGUUCCCAUAGCAACAGGGCCCUGCUCCGCUGUCUGGGGAUGGACACCAGGAACAUGUUGUUCACUGGCCAGAGAAAGCAGCCUGUCAUAGUUCCUGUGUUUGCAACCAGCCUGGGAAUGUUAGAGCCCACCAAAGAGCCGCUGAGACCAGCUGCGGAGAAGACUGCUGCCACAGCACAAGCACUUCCUGGGUCACAGGAAACCACCACCACCUCGUCAAUACAGCAGGGGGCCCCCCAGCCUUGGUCCGAGUUUGACUGGCGCAGCAGUGGCCUUGGCGUCAACCGUCUGGAUGGUACGUCCUCCCACUGA